AUUAUUUUACAUAAUAAUUAAUUAGAAUAAAAAAUGUUAAUCGAAUACUUUAAAACAAUAAAAAACAAACACACUUUAAUUAGUCAAUUCAGCUGAGAGCAAGCAUUCCAGUAAAAUUUUAAAUAAAUUUUUUUUUUUUUAGUCAAAUUGAAUAAAAAAUGAAUUGUUUAGGAAAGAGAGAGAUUAAAAAUUGAAAUAUUAGUAAAUAAAAUUAUUUCAAAUAUUCAACACAUGUACUAGUUGUGUGGAAGAUGAUGCAGUUCAUCUGAUUUUGAUAAAUAACGACCGAUAACAUUGCCGUGUGGACCUGCGCGGUCGACCAUGCCGGUGAUUGCUGAUUCAGAUGAGCCACCAGCAAAAUGUUGCAAAUAUUGUGAGGAGUCUACGCACGGCGUGGACGGCCCUGUGUCGUGGCGUUUAACGCUCGAUCAGGAUCUUAUUGACACGCUAAAAGGCAGUUUUCCUAGUUGGUUUCAACAGACCGCAACUACCACAACGAAUCAAGGUGUUACUAGUAGCGCAACAAUAACAGCCACUGCCGCCAACACUAUCGCAAUUAGCAAAAAUAUUGACAUUGAUCAUCAGCAAAACGAAGCUAGAAAUAAUAAUAAUAAUAAUUUCGCAAGCGGUAAUUCCGGUGCUAUUGGUAUCACAUUGAUAAAUAAUACCGUUUGUGCCUCACCGAUAACUAUUGAUAGUAACAGUUAUCUAAAAAGUGGCAAUAAUACAGGCAACAACGUCGGCAAUAAAACUAAUAUAAACAAUACACUCCAUUUACAUCAAUUAACUGGCAGCACGUCAUUGUUAUCCUCCUGUGCAUCGUCAACCCUAUCGGUAUCGUCGUCGUCGUCCUCUUCAUCAUCAUCGUCUUCUUCAUCAUCGUCGGCGGCAUCACCAGCAUCGCUGGCAAACUCAAAUUGCUCGGAAAAUAUACAGUCAACGAUCUCAUCUAAAAAGUCGCAAAGCAAAACUGGUGGAGCAAAAUCGUCGCACUUGUCAACUUUAAAAGCAAAUUGCUUGCUAUCGUCAUCCUCUUCGUCUUCCUCGUCUUAUUCGUCGUCAUCGUCAUCUAUAUCAUACACAUCUAAACAAUAUAUAAAGACACCAAAAUCGUUAUCCUCGUCAUCGCCAUUUUCAUCGUCAUCGUCUUGCCCUUUGUCAUCGUCCCCUUGUUUAGCAGUUUCAGCUGCCACAGCAACACGUGUAAUUCCAAAAUCACCGUCAUUGCACAGCCUGGGUGGUUCUUUACUUGCAACAUUCUCAUCAUCGGGCUCAGCAACGUUUGAGAUAAUUUCCGACUCGUCGUGCAACGGUUUGCUUACAUCGCAUUUGAGUGGCAAGAGUGCAUUCGAGCACUCAUUUCAAGACGUUAUCUUAUUGCAGGAAAUCUACGACGAUAUGUCAGAAGGUGAACAACGUUUAAAUACAUCUUUUUUGAGCGGCAGUAGUGAUGAUGGCACCAAUUCCGAUUUUUAUGAUCCAAGACAAUCCCCGCCUAAGGCGAUUGUUGAUUCCAGCCCUUUGCAACCCGCAAUGGAUAAAAACAAAGAGUCACUUAAAGUCAAACUAAUGGUUAGAAGACCACACUCUCAACUUGUUGAACAAGGCAUUAUACCACCUUUGAAAACUUCUCCCGCCAUACAUAAGCAGUGUAAGCAAUUGGAACGUGCCAAAACUAGUGAUUUGUUAAAGGCCAAAAUUCAGCAGAGGCCUAAUCGUGAAGAUCUUGAGCGUCGUCAUAUUUUGGAAGAAGAUGAAUGUCAUAUUGAUCCAAGUUUGGCUGAGAAGCAGCGUAUGCUCAAAAAGGCUCGUUUGGCGGAUCAGUUGAAUUCACAAAUUCAACAUCGACCGGGACCUUUAGAGUUAAUUAAGAAGAAUAUCUUACAUACAGAGAAACCGAUUGAAAAAAUUGUGAAGGAGGGCUUGGUAACAUUUAAAGCCACUAGCGAGGGUUUGCUCACCCGGCCUCAGCACCCUAAUAGUUAUGUCACAUUUGAAGAUGACUCGCAGAGCUCAGAAAGUGACAGUACUAGGCAAACGCCACCUAGGAGCGAAAAUGUUGAGCAGACUACAGGUCCUAGCGAGGCAUUGCAAGCAACUCCCCCUUCGAGGGGCAUUGUUACUUUGGCUUUAGCUAUACCAGCCACGGGUGGACAAGUGAUGGUCACAUCAGCCCCAAUUAUGCAAACAAAAUUGCCCAAUUCGAAAUCCAGUUAUGUGCCACCACCGCCUCCACCACCAAUGCCCAACACUAUUGGCAUUAAAGUUAAACAAGAAACGGCGAACUUAUAUGAGGAAUUAUGCCAAUCAGUCGCUGGGUCGAACUCUAAUUAUUUACAAAUGGUUGCUUCUCCUGGCUCCUUAGCGUCUAGCACGUCGACCUUAAGUCCUUUGUCAUCGAUUGCUUCACCACCGCAUUCGGUAACGUCCAGACCCAUAAUACAGUCACCAGCUUUGCAAAUUGCUAAGUCCGAUGCACCAGGAAAAGAUAAAAAUCGAAAAAAAUCCAAAUCAAAAUCGGUUUCCAAAGCCAGGACUAUUAAAUUUCACGAAUACAAAGGACCACCAAGUGCUGCACAUAAAACUACGUUAGAAAAUGCAACAACCAGCGAAGAGACUUCUUACCAGUUGAUGUUGGAGCAGCAGAAUUGUUUGUUGAAGUUCCUAGAAACACUUAACAAGAAUCAGUCCAUUAUACCAGCAACCAGUGGCCCUAAUACCACACCCACAUCUAGUGUUAUAAGCACAGUUGGUAAAUCUGGAAGUAACGUUAUUAAUACUGUAACAACAGCCACAGCUAAUUCGAGCAGUACUCUAGCGUUAUCGUCGCCAGUGUCCAACGCAUUAACUCCUAUGCAAGGUAUAACGACUGAAAUAGCAAGUCCAUCUUUAAGUACUCAAAACGCAAACGUAACGGUCAUUAAUCAAGCAACUUUGGGCAAUAACCAAUUUGUGAAAGCUACUGCCCCCAGACCUCCGCCUUCACCUUCACCCGCUCUCUCUGUAUGUUCUUCUGUACCGCCAAGUCCAGCUACAAGCUACACCGAAUCCACUACUUCGUCAGUGUCUGAAGUAGCCAAACUGGAGAAAAUGAAAGUUUCUGAUUUGAAAAAGCAUUUGAAAAAGCGCAACUUGCCGGUUUCAGGUCCCAAGCCUCAAUUGAUAGAAAGGUUAAAGCCCUUCUUACCUUUAGACACCUUAGAAACUACUCCUACAAUUCCAAUAAGUGGAAAUAGUGAUUCAUCAAAAUUAUCGUCUGUCGUGGAGGCUAUGGAUAUUUGCUCUGCGGUAACAGUAGAUGUACAAGAUACUCGUUCCAUAGCCAUGUCGCCAGAGCAGCUCAACUUAGAGCACGAGCAAAUGGACAUAGUUCAGCAAUUAAGCUCACCAAAAUCUUUACCCUUGCAAACAGUAAUGCAACCACAGCCCCAAACAGCUACAAUAAUUCUUUCAAAUGAGGAGCUACUAAGGGAGCAGCAACGGAAAAUUGAUGAAUUGCAAAGACAGUUGCAAAAAUCUCAACAAGAAUUACAGGAGAUACGACAAAGACAACAGCAACAUCAACAACAGCAACACCAGCACCACCAGCAGCAGCAGCAGCAGCAGCAGCAACAACAUCAACAACAACACCAACAACAACAGCAACAGCAGAGAAUUCAACAGCAAUUUCAAAAGCAAACUGUUACUGCGCAAGUGGUUAAUGCUUUGCCUGCACAACAGAUCACGUUGAUUGCUACGACUACCACGACCGCUACGACACCCCAAAAUGUUAACGUCUUUCAACCGCAAAGUCAAGAGACGUUGGGAUCAGCUAAGGUAACGGUUAAAGCACCAAGUGUAAAAUCAAUUGCGGCCCCAACGCCAGUUUUUAUUAAAAAAGCUGCAUCGGUAAUUCCUAGUUCGACAAUUCAGUCUUCAAGCGCUACUCAACCCAUGACGCAGAAAAUGGUGGUCAAACAACAACUAGAGGCUAAAAUACAAAAACAAAAGCAAGCAGCUGCGGCAGCUGCCGCCGCUGCUGCUGCUGCUCAAGCGCAGGCACAGGCUCAAGCGUUGGCACAAAUGCAAACUCAAUCAUCCAACCAGACUCAGCCUCAGAUUCGUCUAUUAACACAAAAGACACAGACUGUUCUCAUUCCAACUGGACCUACUUUGACUACUACAACAGCCGCUAGCAAAUUAGAUGAUAAGAUAAAUGUGCAGAGAUCUAGAAUGCCAAUCUCGAAACCCACCAUACCGACGUCAACUACCGCAACUAUCGUAGCCAAUCAACUACCACUAACAAAGACCCAUAAUAAUCUAGGUUUGGUGUGGAACGAAGGCAAUCAAACUAUAUUUUUGGUAGGAUUAAAUGAUCAACAUAUGACCGCUCACACCAUUGGCAAUAUUAGUUUAGCAAAUGCAAAUUCAACUACUAAAAAAUUUUUGAAUGGGCAUCAGCGUACCAAUUCGCUGCCUAGCAUUGUUUUCCCUUUGACAACCGCAAACAAUGCAAAUUCGACACAUCCGACGGAACAAACGGUAAUUGAAGCGAAACCCAUUUUGACGGCCCAGCAAUUGCAAAAAUUGCAUUUACAGCAGCAACAACAACAACAACAAUUCCAACAAAUAUUGCAUCAGCAACAACAACAACAUCAGCAAAAUCAUCAGCAAAUUGUCGAAGUCGACAUUAAGCCACAAAACUUAACAGCUCCACCGCCUCCACCACCUCUACCGCCCCACUAUAAAGAAGCCACAAAAAAUUUAAAAAUGAAAUCCAACAACAGCAAUAACGAUAACAAUCCAAUCACUUUGUUAAAUUCUUUUAUAAAAAUAAAAGAAGAGCCCACUGCCAUAUCCUCCUCAAUUGUGGCUACAACGUCCGGCAUGGCCAAUCAAAUUAAUGCGAUGCAGACAGAUGAAAAAUCUGCAAAAAUUGCUAUUAAAUCGGAAAAACUGACAGAUGUCUUAGAUAUUUUAGUUAAACAGGGAGAAUUACCGGAAAGUGCAUUAGAGCCGAUAACACCGAUUAGCACACCCUUGACACCAGGUGGCAGCAAUGCGUUAAUGUCUGACUUAACUGAUGCUUUAAUUUUCCCCGUAGCUGACAAUCAACUUAAACAAGAAACGAAGGAUAGCAAUCGGACAUCGGGUUCAUUAACAGACGCUCUACCAAAGAACCUAAACAGCUGCGUAGCCAUGGACACUACUGGAUCCCCAAAAAAUUUAUCAAAUACUUCGGUCGGUGUUUUUGAUUUCUACCGUAAAUCCAAUAAUAUGAAUGCAAGCUUGACUCAAUCUAACGCAAACAACUCUCACAACAAUAAUUUUACUGAAAACAUCGACAUGGCUUCGCCUCUGCAACCAGAUUGUCAUUUAGAUGCUGAAAGUGUGGCAAAAUCUUUUGAUAUGUUCCUAGAGCAGCAUCAAAUCCUAGUUAGAGGUGGAGCAGAAGGAGAUGGAAGAGCGAUGACAACACAACACCAGUCGCCUACACAUCACGAUAUGUUAAGCAAAUCCUCCUUUGGAGCAGAGCAACCGUUGGCGCAACUGCAUUUAUCGUCAGAAGAGGCCAAACUUAAUCAUUUCGAUGAAUUUGAAUUACUCGAAUUAAUGUCGCAACAAUUAGAAAUGGAUAUUGGGGUUGAUUCUGUCGCCUACGAAACGACGAGAAACAAUAAUGGAAAUAUACAGUUCCAACAGCUGCAUUCCAAUGAUAAGGCAACUACUACGAAUGGUUUGAGGCGACACAUGAACCCUAGUCUGCAGCCUUCCAUUUCAGAAUUAUUGCAAAAUCAUGCCGAGAACCUGAACAGCGGAAAUUAUAAUAAUAAUAAAAGUGCUGUUACUAGUCCUGUCAGUAACUGUAGUAGCACCGGUAAUAGUAACAACAGUAUGCAAAGUGCUCUAGAACAUCAUUUAGAUGAUUUCGACGCCAGCACAUUUGUGCAACAUUUACAACAAUCGCAUCAUCAACACGACCAACAACAUACAAAUGACGUUAAUGAUAACGAAACGUCACAUAUGCAAACAAACCACAGCAGCACCACUCCCAUGGAUGUAUGCGAUGAGUUUGAUAAUCCAUUGAGUAAUUUCAAUUUUUCAGCUCUAUCACCAGACUCGAACAUUAACACACCUCCACAUCCCUUUGGCUUAAGCGCAGCUAUCAACACGACCAUUGCUUCGGCCAUUGGUAGUUGUGGAAUGCAGGCCACCACAACUGGGUGCAGUGGUGCCGUCGCCGGUUUAACGCCAAUCGCCAACGUAGCACACGAUGAACAAAUGUCAAUUUGCAAUUCAACGACGUCUGACAGUGCAACUGCCAGUGAUGCAUUUGGUACUGGCACUACCGAUAUAUUUGAUUUAUUUAACAUUGACGACUACAAAAUGUCUUGGGGUGAAGGAGAUUUUGCUGUCUAAAUGUUAAUACAAAAUAAUAAGAUAAAACAAUUCGAGAGAGCGAGAGAGAGAGAGAGAGUGAGUGAGUGAGUGAGUGUGUGAGAAUUUCAAAAAUUUUUUAUAUCGAGACGUAAUAGGAAACCAGUAGGUAACAAAAAACCUAAAUUUAUGAUAGUUCGAUCCAUUUUAUGCUCGCCAUAAUGAUAUUUACAAUAUCGCUGUCAUUCCGUUUUUCCAAUUGUUGAAGUAUUUACCAACUUAAUCGCAACAUCCUAAGUUUAUCUAGUGCUGUGGGCUGAAAUUUCGAAGAGAAGUUAUGAAAUUCGUGUGCGAGCCGAGCCGUUUGAUUAACAGCGACGUGCAACAUGACACAUGCAAUAUAAAUUUUCUAUAUAAAAACAUUGGCGGAAUAGUAUUACCGUCGCUAUCGGAUGUGAAUCGCAUGCAACGUACUCGGUGGUAUAUAUAAUUUUAACAUUCAGCAAUAUUAGAUAUUUUUCGAGCUACAAUUAUUGAUCAGCAAAAGAUCAAAAAACCGUAAUAUGGUAUAAAUAGGCAGAAGUAAUCAUUAGAGGUGUGAAAAGAGGCGUGAUCUGCCUAGAAAAAUGCUUUCACGAGUUGAAUGACUAAAGUGAAUCAUAGCAGAAAUGAAUCUAAAAUUUUAUUAUAUGAAAUUUUGGUGUAAAAAAUGAUAGUUUUCUGAUCAGCUCACUGUCACAUUCAGAAUUACGAAAGGAUGAUGGAUAUCCAUGGUUCGCUCCAGUCGAAUACAUUUUUUUUAUUGUUUUCGUUUUUUUGAAUAAUUUGGUUUGAAACUAACACAGCAUAUAAACUGUUCAGAUUAGGUGUGUUAUUCAUAAAAUGGACUUAAAUACAUACCGGAUAGGACAAAUGCAAGAAUUUUUUAAAUGACCAUUUAGGUGAUGGGUAUCAAAAAUUUUGGCUUAAGCCGAAUAUUAAUAAUCUUGAUCUUGCUUACUUACUAAUAUUUAGCAUAUUACCUUCAAAUUGUAACAUUUUAUUAGUUAAAUUUUAAUAGAAUCCACAUAUAUAUGUAUAUAUAUUU